AUGGACGGCAGGGCCAGCGGUACUCCGACUGCCAUACCCUCGCCUCUGGCCACCCCUGCUGUUGCCUCUCCAAGCACGCCGCAAGAGAGCCAGGAGGCGUCUCCGACUGUGUCUUAUACGGGCAAAUUCGACCCCAAGGCCAUUGCGAAGAAGUCGGCGGCUCGCCACCAUUCUCCCGCGGCUCUAGGCGCUAUCCCAGGUGCCCCAACACCAUCUUCUGAGAAACCAGUCAAGAGCACCGCCUCAGCAGCAUCUACGCUACGCACCGGCAGUGCAAUCAGCAGGUUCGGGUUUCAGAAGACAGGUCUCGACGGCGACAAACCAGCGGCCAAGCGGAAGUUGGUGUUGGACGAUGAGGAAACGUCGAAGCGCAAGUUAGCAAAACUUCCUGACUUAUCUUUGGAAGAGGCGGAUGCUGCACCCUUUGCUAACGAAGAGGACGAAUCCGAUUUGGACGGUGACAACUUUGCCGGCACGGAGGAGGAGGCGGCGGCUGCUGCUCGAGCAGCUCAUGAGCGACGCGAAGAGAGGAUAUUGCAGCAGAGCAUGGCCAUGCAGGUUGACGAGGCAGAGGAGGAGAAGCCCGCCGCCCCCGAUACAAACGGGCAGGCGCCCGAGCCUGACCUGCCGGCCGCAGCUGAGGUCGGAGCGGAUGUUGAACCCAUGGAUGUUGAUGAAGAAGACGUUGACCCCUUGGAUGCCUUCAUGGGAGGGCUUGAAGACCAGCCCGCCACCAAGGCGAGUGGUCGCAAGAAGAUCAUGGAUGCCCAGACAAAGGAACCAGAGGUCUACUUCUCGGACGACGAAUUUGACUACAUGGACAAGGGGGACGAUAACCCUGGCUCGAUUCUCGCUAUUGCCGCAAAGAAGAAGAAAAAGGAUAUCCCCGCCAUUGACUACAGCAAGAUUGAGCUCAACACCAUCAGGAAGAACUUUUGGUUCGAGCCCUACGAGCUCAGUCAGAUGACGGAUGCCGAGGUCCAGGAACUCCGUCUAGACUUAGAUGGCAUCAAGGUUUCGGGCAAGGACGUGCCAAAGCCGGUUCAGAAGUGGUCCCACUGCGGCUUGACCCAGCCUCUCCUGAAUGUCGUUGAUAAUCUGGGGUACGAAAAGCCAACCCCCAUUCAGAUGCAGGCUCUGCCAGUCAUCAUGUCUGGUCGGGAUGUCAUCGGCGUCGCCAAGACAGGAUCUGGCAAGACUAUGGCUUUCCUGCUCCCCAUGUUCCGCCACAUCAAAGACCAAGACCCGGUCAAAGAUGAUGGGCCGAUUGGUCUGAUUCUCACGCCGACUCGGGAGCUUGCGACACAGAUUUUCCGAGACUGCAAACCAUUCCUCUCGGCGCUGAAUCUGCGUGCUGUUUGUGCGUAUGGCGGACCUCCAAUCAAGGACCAGAUAGCCCUGCUCAAAGCGGGAGCCGACAUCGUCGUUGCGACGACUGGUCGGUUCAUCGACCUUUUGGCAGCCAACCAAGGCCGAGUCGUGAACCUCAAGCGCACAACGUACAUUGUUCUGGACGAGGCUGACCGUAUGUUCGACAUGGGCUUUGAACCUCAGGUGAUGAAGAUCUUUGCCAACGUGCGACCUGAUCGCCAGACUGUUCUCUUCUCUGCGACCAUGCCGCGCAUUAUUGACGCUUUGGUAAAAAAGGUCCUGAAGAACCCUGUGGAGAUCACCGUUGGCGGCAAGAGUGUCGUAGCUCCUGAGAUCACUCAGAUUGUGGAGGUUCGAGAUGAGAAGGACAAGUUCCUGCGCCUAUUGGAGCUUCUUGGAGAACUAUACAAGGACGACGAUGAUGUACGCGCCUUGAUCUUUGUUGAGCGACAAGAAAAGGCAGACGACCUACUCCGUGAGCUUCUGCGCAAAGGUUAUGGCUGCAUGUCCAUACACGGCGGCAAAGACCAGGUCGAUCGAGACUCGACAAUUUCAGACUUCAAGAGCGGAGUCUGCCCUGUCAUGAUCGCCACCUCGGUAGCAGCCCGUGGUCUUGACGUCAAACAGCUCAAGCUUGUGGUCAACUACGAUGCGCCGAAUCAUCUGGAAGACUAUGUCCACCGUGCUGGUCGCACUGGUCGGGCCGGUAAUACAGGUACCGCCGUGACCUUUGUCACGGAGGAGCAAGAGAACUGCGCGCCGGGCAUUGCAAAGGCAUUGGAGCAGAGUGGUCAGCCUGUCCCUGAGCGGCUUGACCAGAUGCGCAAGGCCUGGAGAGAAAAGGUCAAAGCCGGCAAAGCGAAGGAUCAAUCUGGCUUUGGCGGCAAAGGUCUGGAGCGUCUGGACAAGGAGCGUGAGGCGGCACGUGUGCGCGAGCGCAAGACGCACAAGGCCGAAGGUGAGGAAGACGACGAGAAGGAGGAAGCGCCUGCGAACGAUGAGAAGAAGAACAAGGCGGCGAAUGCGAUCCAGUCAGCAGUCUCGGCCAUCGUGUCCCGCGACGCGGCCAAGGCCGAAGAUGGCAAGGCUCCUGCCCCCGACGUCAUCAAGGCAGGGGCUGCGAAGGGCGGUGCCCUUGACAAAGCGGCGCAGGCCGUCAACGACAUCAACGCACGUCUUGCACGCGCCGGCCAGCUGCGACCUGGCCAGCCGAUCGACAACAAGGGUCCAGAUGCCGGCGCAUUCCACGCCACGCUUGAGAUCAACGAUUUCCCGCAAAAGGCCAGGUGGGCGGUCACGAACAGGACCAACGUGGCCAAGAUCCUGGAGGCGACUGGCACAUCCAUCACCACCAAGGGCAACUUCUACGCAGCGGGCAAGGAGCCUGCUCAGGGCCAAGAGCCGAAGCUCUACAUCCUCAUCGAGGGCGACACAGAGGUGGUCGUCAGCAACGCGCUUACGGAGCUUACACGGCUACUCAAGGAGGGCACAAUCGCUGCGGCGGACGCAGAGAGUCGUGCGCCGGCGAGUGGAAGAUACACGAUUACUUAA